AAAAUAUGCUGCCGAUUGAUUGCUGUGUGUGUGAAGAAGUACUGAAUAUUUGAAGCGUCGGAUAACCAAUAUGGGGGAACCAAUCGCGCUCUGGCUAAAGGAGAUGCCGAUCGAAAUCACGCCCUUGCUCCGGCUGAAAGUAGAUGUCGACCAAUCGCGACCUGUUGAGAGGAGGAAAAUCGACGACCAAAUGGGCUGGCGAGAGAACGAAACUUCACGAGAUGAAAGAGAGAGAGAGAGCGACUGGAGACUGGAGAGAACGGCCGAAGCCAGCCUUCACGAGAAUGGGAGACAAAAGGGGGUUUUCUCCGAUCGAAAACUCAAAUGGAUUGUACGGAGAAUGACCCAGCCCAUCAUCCUAUUUGGGUCUUUAAACAACGGUUUAGUGACUUGGGAUGGGCCUGAUGUUUUGUUUGGGUCGCCGAACAUCAAAAUUCAUCGGACCCAUUCCCAAAUCCCAAGGCAAAGCAAGGCGAGCAGGAGUUGUACGAACUUGAAGACUCGCUCCCGCUCCGCUUUUCCAUGGGCUAAUUCUGUCAACAAUUGCCCAAGCAAGUCUCCACGUUCUUCCAUUCUCUAUCCCUUUGUUCUCCCCUCUCCCCUCUCGCUCCUCCAUCCAAUCACUUAUACCGAGAUCGAGGCUUUUCGGUUCUCAACUCAGAAUUGUUUGACCCUGGCGCCACAUACCAACCGCCCAUCCACUCUCUACACUUUCACUUCAUCUCGGCUCUGCAACCCAAAGCUUUCAAAGAAGACGGGGUCCCGAUUUCAGUGAGGAAUGUUUGUGAGAGUGACCUAGAGAAAGGAGUUUGGAUUUUGCACAACUUUAAAAGGAAAAGGUUGGAAUAGGAAAUGGGCCGAAAAAUGGAAUGGGCAGGGCUGGCAAAUCACAUGGGAGGGAUUCCGAGAAAGCUAGUGUUCAUGGCAGUAGGUGCAUUUUCUAAGAUUGUAGCCAAUCGUCUCAACUCCACCUCGGUCCACAAUGCCAACACCCUCUUUCAUCUUGUCCAAUCCCGACCAUCUGGGGUGCCAUUGCUCACUGUUAGCAAUCACAUGUCCACGUUGGAUGAUCCAGUUAUGUGGGGAUUCAAAGGUUUUCCCAUAUUCAAUGCAAAAUUGGCCCGAUGGGUGCUUGCAGCUGAGGACAUUUGCUUCAAGAAUACGGUGCUGUCCUAUUUCUUCCGACUUGAAUAUUGUGCAGGGAAAUGCAUACCUAUAACAAGGGGUGGUGGAAUUUAUCAAGAACACAUGAACGAAGCUCUUGAGCGCUUAAGUGAUGGAGCAUGGUUGCAUACAUUUCCAGAGGGAAAGGUGUCUCAAGAAGAUGCACCAAUAAGAAGAUUAAAAUGGGGAACUGCUAGUCUCAUUGUUCGCGCCCCUGUAACCCCAAUAGUUUUGCCAAUUUUCCAUAAUGGCUUUGAAAAGGUCAUGCCGGAGACAUAUUUUCGUGGUAGGCGGCCUCCUUUUCCGCUAUGUAAUAAGAAAAUUAACAUAAUUGUUGGUGAGCCCUUGGAAUUUGACCUUGCCAGAAUGAGGCAGACAGCUAUUUCGACAUCUCGUAAUUUGUCACUUCCUACUAGAGGAUGGCCGAGCAUUUCCCCCAACAAAAUGGAUGAGUUAGCGCAGAGAUGUCUCUAUGCUACAAUUUCUGAGCAAAUCCGAACUGCCAUGGAGAACCUAAGGAUCUUCUCUAAAAGUUUUCAAGCCAAAGGUGUGAAAUCUAUACAUUUUUAAGAAGUAAAAUAUCUGGCCCGUGCAUUUCUAUAAUGAAGCAGGACAGGUAGUUGGAAAAUCGCAUCUUGACCAUUUCGAAAUGUUCAUGAUAGUCAACAUUCUUUUGUUUCGUUUGAGGCCUCAUUCAUUUUUAAAUUAAUAUUUAGUCACGUGAUUAAUUUAUUUUAGAAUUCCUUGUAUAAGAAUGCAGAGUACUUGGGCUUUCUUGUUUUGCAUUACGGAAAUGCAUUUGAUUCGUGAGACUCGAAUUUUGGUGUUAGUCAAUGACUCAUUAUAUGUAAAAGACAACUUUGUGUUCACAACAAGGAAUACAUUUGUUCUUCUAAUUUGAAGAAUAUGAAACUGGCUUCGCUAGUUUGCAUUCUUGUUGAAUGGAUGGAACUUUGUUUAA